CCAGAGCGUCAGCAUCAUCUAGUUCUACAACGCGACUGCGCUGAUGCUCGAUCAUUGACUCUACAACAAAAAGCCUGACCUUAUGCGCUUCCCCUCCUUUCCACAGUUCGUCCGCGCCUUUCACACAAUCAGCAACACCACCAGCGCCUUCCUCCGUACUAACCCCGCCGGCACUCUCGGUCGCACUUUCUACAACAGCCCGCAGCGCGCUUCGAUCCAGCGGUCCAUGCCCAACAUCCCCUUUUUAGGCGCACUCUUCGGCUCCUCCGGCAGCAUGGCAGACACCACAAACUACGCCGUCUCGAAGCCAGAGGGCGAGUGGCAGGCGCAACUGUCACCCGAGCAAUUUCGCGUUCUACGCAAGAAGGGCACCGAAGCUCCCGGCUCCAGCAAGCUAGACAAGCACUAUCCCGAUGCCGGCGUCUACUCGUGUGCGGGGUGCGACGCUCCUCUGUACAAGGCCAACCACAAGUUCGACUCGGGUUGCGGGUGGCCCGCGUUCUGGGAUGCGUUCCCUAAUGCUGUGGGACAAAAGCCGGACCCGGGCCUGGGUAUGAUGAGGACCGAGAUCGUGUGCAAUAAUUGCGGAGGGCAUCUCGGCCAUAUUUUUAAGGGUGAGCGCUUUGGCAACCCGAAGGAUGAACGGCACUGCGUAAAUGGCGUGAGCAUCAACUUCUCGCCCGAGGAGUCGAAGUAAAUGAGAAGACGGGAUGUGGCAAUAGUUUGUAUACCUGAUGACGAAAUGAAUGAAUGAACGAGAUGAUUUGAAGAGCUUGCGAAAUCGAUGCAGACCAGUAUAUCUCAUUGCUACCUGCACACUCACGGCUGCCUCUUCAUGCUGCUGCUAUCUGUUCUAUGCCGAUACCCUGCGAUGUCUCCCCGACUCAUCAACACAGCUCUAUCGUGCAACCAUCGUUGCAAUCCUCAUGCACAUUCGCCACCGAUGCAGAAAUACGGGCACCUGUAACCUGAGUGUUCACAAACUCAGCUGGGAAGUUCAGCCAGGAAGUGUUUGGCAGGCUGCUGUACUUUUGUAGUAAAAUAAUUUGGAGUCGACCAUUCUUACGUAGAAUCAUGCAUCAUUCUACGAGCUACUCUCGACCGAUUAAAUGCGCAUUACAAAGCGUUGUACACCAGUUCU